AAAAUAUGAACAAUCUAUCUGUGGAUUCGGAUCCAGAUGACGACGACGAUGAUUCACUAUCCAGUAGCCUAUCAGACUCUUGUCACACAUCCCCACAGCCGUUUGAUUCAAGUGACGAUACAGAAGAUGAUUCCGAAGAUUCUGAAACCGAAGAUAAUAUUAUUAUACAAGAAAUAGAGGACAAUGACAACUUGGUCGUAGAUAAUCCACUUUGGUACGCACAAAUAAGACAUUUCCUGACAGAACGAGAAAGAGAAGAUUUGUGGAAAAAAACUCCUUGGGUUCUGAAAUGGUUUUGGGAUGACUCCGAUGACGAUAGUCCGAUGUCAGAUCAUCCUUUAUUUACGGAAGAGGACUCUAUGGGCCUUUUUUAAAAAAAAAAUUGUUUAGCUAAUAUUGUUUAAUGUUAAAAUCAUAUUAUUUUAUUAUAUUCGAGUAUUGUUAAGCUUAAAAUAAGGACGAUGCGAAAUCGCAAUGUAUAAUAUAUGUUAAGAUUUUAUCUUCUAAAAAAAUCAAUUUUCCCCAAAUGAAUUUGAAAUAUUUUUAAUAUUGUAUUACGUUUAUGAAACGUGUCAAUGAGAAUUAUCAAAACAAUUGUUUGUCGAAAUAGUGGGUAGAUAAGUACAUCAAUCGAAUUACGACUCUUGCACAUUCACAACUCAAAAUAAAUGUAUUUUAUUAAUUAAAAUUUUUAAUCAACACUGAAAAUAUAGAGAAUGAUAAAUAUACGUUGUUUAUGAUCGUAAUGAAAUGAUGGAACGUGUCAAUGGAACUUGUCAGAAUAACUAAUGUUUCAUGUAUGGAAAAUAUAAGAUAAUAAAUGUAUAUUGGAAUAUAAAACCAGAUUAACACAGUAAUGAUGGUCAUAAUAUGAGUAGAAUAUUUGGUAAACGAGAGAUGUCUUUGUGGAUAUAUAAUAGAAGAAGUCAGAUAUUUACAUAAAAAUCAUCGGCGGCACUACAAUAAAGGAAGUGUUUAACAUUCAUUUUAUUUUUUAAAUUUAAAUUUGACA